AUUUAGCUCUGUUUUGAUAAUUUGGACCCUGUACUGUGCAAUAUGCCUGUUCAACUAUAUAAAAUUUGUCACAAAUAGAUGGAUGAAUGACCAGAACCAAAAGAAAGAUGGCUGCCAAAUUUCUUCAAACCAAACCAAACCUCCACGUAGUGAUAAUGAUGGAUCAGUUGAUUCUACAGAGUCGCUCAGUCCAGGGGUGGAAAGGCAGGAUCUCUGCUUUCAUAUUGGUCAGAGCUUAAUACUGGGCUUAUUGGCGGUUUCUACUUUAAGGAUGAAAUGUUUCUGGAGUCCGUACCUCUGUAUUUUAACAAGUGCUGGUAUUUCUGAUCCAACAUUGUGGACUUUCUUUCUCAAUAAGGUGAGCGGUGGACAGCGUGGAUAUCUGAUGAACCCUGUCCGCCAUCUUGUUUUAAUUACACUUAUUCUAUACCUAGGCAACCAACAAACAACAAGAAUGAAUGACGAGUUAGAAAAUCUACGAGAAUUCUAUGAUCCUGAUACAGUUGAUCUUAUGCAAUGGAUACAGCAAAAUACAGGACAGGAUGAUGCAAUCUCCGGGAGCAUGCAACUAAUGGCCGGAGUAAAAUUAUGCACAGGAAGAACAAUCACAAAUCAUCCACAUUUUGAGGAUAAAGGUCUUAGAGAUAGAACUCAAGAGCUGUACCAGAUGUAUGGGAAAGAAUCCCCUGACUAUGUUCAUCAACUUUUAAUAAAGUACAACACGAGUUACAUCAUUCUUGAGGACAGCAUAUGUUUGUCUCAUAGAGGUCGUUGUUCUACACCAGAUAUAAUGGAUCUAGUCAAUAAUCAUAUCCCUGAAGAUGGUAUUCAGGAUCCCCCGUAUCUCGAGGAAAGUGAUUACCCAAGAUUUUGUGACGAGGUUCGUUAUGACAGCCCUGAGUAUAGAAAACUGUUUAAACCUGUUUUUGAGAACAAAACAUUCAGAAUUUACAAAUUGCACAGAUAAUAAUAAACAAAUUUAGUUUUUAGGAUUGCUAAAGAGUGUUAUUUAAUAAUUAUCAAGCUAAAUAAAAGAUCAA